CAUGGUUUGAUCAGCCAAGCGUUCGGGGUUUCUAGGGACGUAAUGUACCUGGCGAUUACUUAGGUUCCGUGCCGGAGCGUGCUCAGAUUUGACGCGAUCUUAGAGCGCCGGACCAGUUGCAUGGUUUAGACUCCAUUCCCCUGGGGGUUGUCCCAUCCCUUGGUCCAUUUGCGCGUAGUAUACUUCUCCUGCAAUUAUCGUCGACUGGGCAAUGGUCUAUUCGAAAACGCAUUGCACUGCCAUUCUUAGGGACAUCGAAAGGCCGGCACUCGUCGGGCUCCGCUCAUGUAGCUUUGACUCAGGAUCUUCGGAGCCAAUUCGCGGUUAGCUGGAGCUUGGACCCAUCAGCGUUUUCGUUCAUUCGUGUGCAGCGAUGGAGACCCAAAUUUUUAGCAUUCAGGACGCUUGGAGAGAAUUCGUUAUCACCGAUCCGACAAGAAGUUCCGCUAACUCUUCCCAGAGCCCUAGAUUAAUACUGGAUCUCAACGCGCAGACGUGUCUUGGCGGGGGAUCGGUGCUUCAAAUCGGGAGAUCAGAUUCCGUUCAACCGAAUCAGCGCUUGCUGACGUGGCAGAUCCAAUCCGGAAGCCACCAAUCGCCGCAGUCCGUGCUCGUUUUGAAAGAGCUCUUCCCGAAUUCUUCUUUCCCCGCCUCUAAGCCAGCUCCGCUCGUUACAGGAACAUCGGCCGCUGCAGUCACUCGCCAAUUCUCUCAACGGCAGGGAUCGCACGAGGUGCAUCUACGGUUCCCGUCGCUGCUUCUGCCGCUCGCAGCCUUUGUCGUGAAGCGUAAGGCCGACGAUGAAGAUAGCGAGGAUGCUUAUGACGAGGAUGAAGACGACGAGGAGGAUCGCGAGGGAAUUGAAUCUGCUGGAUUCUCCCAGGCCUCGCUCUACCUGCUCUCGUCAGAAGGGGUGAUCUAUUCUCUAGACCUAGGGUUUGGGCCGCAAGAGGACAGCAGCAGGACAUGGAACGGUGGUAGCGCCCCAGGGUUUGGGCCAAACGGUACGGCCAGGUUCGGCACCAGGCCAGACGGUGCUUCGGGAGCACAGCCCGCCGAACCUUCUCUCCUCGCUGAUUUCUCCAUCGCCUCCUUGCGAUGGUUCCAGCUCCCGCCGAACCUCCUUUCCAGGCUCGGCAGCGGCGUGACGUCUCUCGCAGCCGAUCUGGACACGGUUUGCCUCGGCGGAGGCUCGGGUAGCGUUCUUACCGUUCCGUUUCACAAACUGGCCAACCCUGUUGUGCCUGUAACGGGCGGCGCUAUAAGGAGGGAAGCAUCUGGCGGAGCGGGGGGGGUUGCGGAGCUGCGGGAGGGGGAGGGGGCGAUGGCGCGGCUGUGGGGAAUGGUGGGCGCGGGGCGAGGUGCGCCUACAGCCCCCGUGCGAUCCAUUCAGCUGCUGACACGUGGCGAGCAGAGACUGGCUGCAGUUGCACACGCAGACGGUGUCGUGAGGCUGUGGGAUGUUGCCAAGAAGGUUCGGUUGGCGGCGGUGACGGUUGCCGUGGAGGGGGGUUUAGGCGGCGCUGCUGCUGCUGCUGCUGCUGCUGCUUCUGCUGCUGCAGGAUCUAGUCAAGGGGCAACUUCUCAAGACGGCGCAUGGGCCGUCCAGCAGAUUUUCCUUCACCUCAACCCUGCUGCUACCAGUAGCAGUUAUUCCUCCUCCUCCUCCUCCUCCACCACCAGUGCUGCUGCUUCUGACCAGUCUCUUCUGGUCGUCACCACCUUUGCAGCGAGGCAGGACCAAGCGAGCAGGCAGGAACAAGCGCAGGCGUUCUCUGCCCCUGCUGCUUGCAAUGCAGAGGCGUCUACCCCCCCUGCAGGUGUCGUCACCAUUCACCUCCUCCGUCUCGAUACUCCUUCUGACGCCGCCCGUGCCUCCGCCUCUCUUCACCUUGCUGCCUGGGCCGCCCUGCCUCUCGCCCCCACCGCCACCACUACUGGCAGCCGCGGUGGUGACUAUAGCAGAUGUGACAGUAGUGGGGGUGAUGAGAGGGGAGGCGAUGGGGCAAGGCAAGCAGCGAGGGGGGAGAGUGAACAGCAGCAGGGGGUGGUGGAGAGAGGGGGAGAUGAGGUGGAGGAAGGAGAGCAGGGGAUGUGGAUAAGCGACGUGCGCGUGCUGCUGGGUAGAGGGAAUGGAGGCGGGGGGAGGGGCAGGAUCCGUGAGGGAGUGACGGGAGAAGGAACAGAGCUGAAGGUGUGGAUGCUUUGGCAGGAGCAGUGUGCGGGUGAAGCCGCGGGGGCAGCUGCAGCAGGUGCUGCUGGCGUUGCGGCUUGGGCGAGAUACCACACUGUCUGUCUGCCUGUUGUCAGUCCGUCUCUUGGCAGUGGCACUUCCGCUGCAGCAGGGGACGCACCAGGAGCAGCGUCAAGAGGAGGAGGAGGAGCAAGGGGAGGAGGAGGUGGGGCAGCAGGUUCUACUGCUCUUCCUCUUCCUCCGUCUGCGCUUUACACACCAAUCAGUGCCUGCCAGCUGGCGGAACGGCAGCUCUCAGCCGCCCUGGGUCUCUCAGACUGCUCCCUGCCGUCCCUCUUUCGCCUGCCCGCCUCUCCGCCUGCUGCUUCCUCCGCCAGUGGCGCAGCAGGCACGCCUGCAUCUACAUCUAUAUCUGCAUUAACACCUGCUCCUGCUACAGACGCUGCAGCUGCUGCCUUUGCCACAGACGCGAGCAGCGGCAGCAGGGCCAGCCUGGUGUCCUCUAUGGGUCUCGUGCCUUUCCUCGAGCUCGCGCCUCUCCUCUGCCCAGCGCCCAGCGCAUCCCCUGUGGAAACAGGGGGCGGCUUAGGAGCAGCAGGAGGGGCAGCAGGAGGGGCAGCAGGAGGGGCGGGUGCUGAGGGGUUUGCGGAUGGGUCUGGUGCGGUGAAUUGGGGCGCCAUUGUAGAGUUCUGUGCGGAUGCACUCGUCGCUCGUCUCCUCUGCCCAUCGUCCAUGCUCGAACCCGCCCUGGCUCAUCUGCUGACUUGGUUACAGCACCACCACCACCACAACCACCGUCAACACAACCAUCAGUACCAUGAUCACGACCACCAGUUUUUCGCCUUUGACAACCAAAGGAAUGGGGCGUUCGGGUCAUCCAAGCCUGCGGAAGUGGCUCGGAUGAGCCACGAUGCGGUUCGGCAGGCUCUCCUUUCCUACCUCUUGGACCGGCGGCCGGACCUGCAGGUGUUGCCGAGCCUCCUGGGCAGCUCCGGAGGCGAGCCUGCAGAUCUGGUUCGGCUGGUGGAGCGGUGGGAGCAGGUGGGGAAGCAGUACCUCCGGGCAUGGGCAAGUGUAAACGCACCUGUAGGACUGAUUUCAAUUGGUGGUUCAGGCUCGGGGUCAGGCUCGGGUUCCAAAGCUGUUGGCCUGGUUCGGGGAUGCACAGUGUCACUUUUCCAAGCGCCCGAUGUGUCAAUUCACAUGAGUCUAUGGUCUACAGCAGUGCCCACAUCAGUGUUUACUGCUCGGGCGGAGCAAAGUUUGCAAGGCAACCAGUCUCCCAUCCCACUUAACGCGGCUCGUUCCCUGGCUUCUGGAAGACUUUUAGUUAAAAGCAGUCCAGGCAGAUUGGAUUCAGGCAGCCGUGGUGGCGCAGGUCAGCCAAUGGAAGAGCGACAGCUGGCAGCCGUGUUGGGAGAGCUUGCCAGCUGUCUGGAUCUGAUUCGCGCACGUGUGGGCAGGCUUGUGAUGCUAUCCCUCCCAGUCUCGCUCCUCUCUCCCUCCCUGCAACCCUCUGAUGCUUUUUCACACGUGGCAAAGUUUUUGGAGUUCGGGCAGCUGGCGCUGGGCAGCUCGGGCAGCAUUAACAGGUUGAAGUCGGCUGCCCGGGAGUUUGUUUCACAGCAGAACACGGAGCAGAGGGUUUUCUCGGUGAAGCUGCAAGCUGCCCUGGGGAGUCUGAGAGACGCAGCAGGAGGGAAGUGGGGAGGCGUACUCGAGGUAGUGGAGCUGCUUGUAACGAGUAUGGACCUGGGUGUGCUCCCUUCUGCUAGCGGAUCAGCAGGGGGAAGAGCACCUCCUGCGUCUGAGGCUCCAAAUGGGAGUGGGGAGGUGGACGAUCUCCCCACCAGCAACCUCCUCCCUCCGUCCCUCUUCUCCCCUCACGAGCUCUCCCACGGAUUGACCCACUUGCUAGGCUCGCACCUCAACCUCCUCCUCUCCCUCCUCCCCCUCCUCCACCUCCUCCACCUCUCCCGCUCCCCUUUCCUCCUUUCUCCCUCUGACCGCUCGUUUCUCUCCCUCCGCCUCCUCCCCCUCACUCACUCCCUCCUCUCCUCCACCCUCCUCCUCCACACCCUCUCCAACUGCUUUGCUGCUCGCACCCCUGAGGAUGAGUUUUCUGUGGACCUCCUUUCACUGCAUAUUGGCGGGAAGGUUGCUGCUGGCGUGCCCGCUGACGCGGAUGGUGAUGCUGACGUGGAUGUGGGGACCACACGAGGGUCUGGGAGAUGGGUGAGGCAGGGGGGGGGAGGUGGAGGGGGUUUUGGAAGUGGGAGAAGAGGAGGGGGAGGGGAUUGGGGGGCAGGGGCAGGGCCAGGAGCAGAAGGGGAAUUUCUUGGAAGGUUCUGCCGGCGAGAGGUGCAGUUUCGAUGGGCUAGGCGGACAGUUGUCGCUGUUUUAUUGGAAGGGGAGGGAGAGCAGGAGAGGGGAGGGGGAGUGGGAGUGGGAGGAGGUGGGGAUAGGGGCAGAGGAGGUGUGUGGGGGGGCAGGUGGAGGGGGUGGUGGCGUGAUGGGAAUGCACCCACAGAUCGGCAAUCACUUGCUGCGGAUGGAAACGCGGGAGACGGAGAAGCAGGAGACGAGGAAGACAAUGGGGGAGACGGGGAGGAAGAUGGAGACGAGUCAAUGGAGGGAGGGGAGGACAGGAGCGUAAGGGAAGGGGGGUCAGGAGGCAGAGGAGGAGGGGGAGGGGUGGGGUGGCGGUGUGCGAGUGUGUGUCCGGAGGGGGUGCUGUGCGAAGUGAUGAGUGAGGCGGUGCGGCUGCGAUGGGGGCGGGACCCCUGGCAGACGGAAGAAGGAGCAGGAAGGAUAUCAGGGGGAGGGCAAGGAGGGGCGGUGGGAGGGGGAGCGCCGAGCUUUUACCAUCGCGCCGUGCAGAUGGGGCUGAAGCUGCUGGAGCACAGCCAGUACCACAUGGUCAAGGUCCUUUUGGACUGUGUCAACCGAGAUGCGCCCUUCUCCCACCACCCCUCAGCCUUUGCCCGAACCAGCGCUUCUGGUUCGAUCGACCCUGAUGCUUCGGCAGCUCGUUCGUUUCUUCUGGGGUUUGCCCUCGUGGCCUGCGCACACGUCCCUGCAGACCUCCCCACCUGGUUUCAGCUAAGCGCCAGCAGCAGCAGCAGCAGCACUCAGCUAAGCACUGGUGGCAGUAUCAUUGGUCAAAAUGGUAGUUCAGGAGCAGGGGAGGGGGGCGGGCGUGAGUCUGCAGCCAGGGAAGCCAUGCGAGCAGGGCUGGUGGGUCGGGCAGUAAAAUGUUUCUUCCAGGCAGCUGAAGGGGUGGAAGCGUGGGCAGCAGGAGCCAGUGUGAGGGGGAAGGGCGAGGCAGGCAUGGGGGAAGCAGCCAUGGGGGGAGCAGCCGUGGGGGAAGCAGCCAUGGGGGGAGCAGCCAUGUGGGAUGCAGGCAAUCCGUUACAAGGCCUAGUGGAGAUGUUCAGCGGCAGUGGGGAUGGGGGCAACAAUAGCAGCGGUUCGGGAAACAGUGGUUCAGCUACAGUGGCACGUGCUACAGAUGUUACUGUAGCGCAUGCUUCUGUAGUAGCAGCUACAGUAGCAGCAGGUACAGUUGCAGCGAGGCAGCGGCUACGGUAUUACGAAGCGGUGAUGAGGCUUCUAGAGCGGUACGGGGAGGGUCCCUCUGCUGCCAGAUUCGCCCUCGCUGCCAUCCAUGAGGUUGAUGCUGCCUUCCCAGAAGCUUCCCUUGCAGUCACUCCCUUCCCGGAAGGUUCCUUUGCCGACGAGGAUGAGGAGGGGCAAGGACAAGCAGCAGCAACCUCAGCCGCAGGAGAGGUGGUGAGGGGGCUGAAGGGUCGGCUGUGGGCGAAUGUGUUCCAGUAUGCACUGCAGGGGGGGCAGUAUGACGAGGCGUACUGUGCCCUCGCUUCCAACCCCGAGCCCCUCAGCCGCAGCAUCUGCCUGCGGCAGUUCGUCGCUGUGCUCUGUGAGGCGGCCAGCAAGGCUGUAGCCGCUAUAGCCGCCGCUGCUGCAGCUGCUGCAGCUGCUGCAGCUGCUGGUGGUGCUGGUGUUGGAUCCGAGGCAGCAGCAGCAGAAGCAGCAGCAGCAGCAGCAGCAGAGGCAGCAAGGGCGUUAUCCACACUCUGUGGCCGCUCCCUCCCCUACGCUGCUGCCGACCAGCAGGUACAGGUGGAGCAGGAGCUCAUGUGGCUCGCUGAGAAUGCUGAUGUGGCACAGUCCCUGCCGCUGUCCACGUCAGCGCCGUCACCGUCCACGUCAGCACUGGGCAGGCUGAGUCCGUACAAGCUGCUGUACUCGUUCCACAUGGCGCGAUCCGAUUGGAGGAAAGCAGCCCUGGCCAUGUACCGUUAUGCAUGGAGACUGGGAAGGGAGGUGUUGGGUUCGAGCAGCAGCAGCAGCAGCGGUGGUGGCGCUGCUGCUGCUGCUGCUGCUGCUGCUGCUGCAGGGGCGGGUGACGGCAGGAGGAGAGAGGGACGGAGCCCAGGAGUUGCAUUCAGUCUGGGGAGGGCGUUCAGCCCAGCAGGAGGGAGGGCCAGCCCCGGCAUGAAGCUGAGCGCGGAGAGGAUUCCCGAGAUGGUUGUGGCUGCUGUGCGGGCGAGAGAGAGGAGCCUGGCUGUGGCGAUUCAGGCUCUGGAGUUGAUGGAGGCAUGGCUUCCGCCUAUGGUGUCCGUUUUUGCUGAUAGGAGUGCUGCUGGUGGUGGUGGUGAUGGUGCUUGGGGGGGAGGAGGGGCGAUGGGGGAUGGGAGGACGGGGGGGAAUGGACGGAAGAGGGAGGAGGGAGGGUUUGGUUUUGAGGCGGGUCCAGCUAAGAGGAGGAGGUGGUGUGGAGGGGUAGGGAAAGGUGGCGGCGUGUCAUUGGCCGCGGGGACGGAGCCGGUGGGGCUGGAGGAUCUGCGGAGGGAGCAUGCGCUUGUGGGUGCCCAAUCGCUGCUUGCCACGUGCCCUGGGACGACUGCAGCUCUGCUGGCAUUGGACGCACCACCGGACCGCAUUAUCUCUGCCCUCGCUCACAACGCGCUCUUCCCCCAAGCGCUCCACCUGGCCACGCUUCUCUUCUCAGGCAGCCAGCGGGCAGCCGAACUUUCCGCCAUCCUUUCAGCUGCUGCCCGGCGCUGCUGCAUGGCUCAGCUUGGCCUUUCUUCUGGAGCUGCCCAUGAAUCAACCAAUGCUGCUGCUGCCCCUGUUGCAGCCACACGUGCUGCAGGUGCUGCUAUUGCUGCUGACGUGGCAAGCUCCCCUGCGCUGAUGUGGCAGCAGAUGCAGGUUUGGACAGAGUCGUACGUUCGGCACCAUCCGGACCUACGUGAGGUCAUCUCCCGAGCCAUACUCAGUACCAACUCUGCGCUCCCCUUACCUCCGUGGCUUGUCCGCCUCUUCGUGGAAGGUUCCUCCUCCUUACCCUCCCGUCCUCUUACCAUUCCCUCCUCCCUCCCAUCCUCAGCCUCCUCCUCCCUCACCCCCCUCUCCUCCCCCUUCACCUCAUCUCACGCCCCCCCUGUUGCCCCUGACCCCUCCUCUCUCCUCCGAGUCUAUCUAGACUUCAGCCAUCUCAUCCAAGCGUCCCGAUUGGCCCUUUCCAUGCUUCGUGCAUGGAGAUCCGUCCGAUCGGCCGAUCCCCGCACGACGAAGCAACGGAUGGGCGCCACAUGGCAGCCCCACGCCCUGCUGGACCGACUGAGGCUGCAGCUGGCAGCAGCGGUGGCUGAAGGGGGGAGAGAGCGAGCGAGAGGGCUAGGGAGAGCGGCGGCGGCAGCAGGGAAUGAGAAAGGGAGUGUGGGUAACAGAGAGAGGGAGGGUGAGUAUGAGGUGCUUUGUGCAAUGAGGGGGGAGGUGGAGGAAGCGGUGAGGGCGUAUCUGAGGCAGGUGGAUGUGGACGCAGAGGAUUUCAGGCAGGUGGCAACUGGUGGGGCAGGGGGGGCUGGUAAGGGUGUCAGAGCAACGGGUUUGAGGGAAGGGGUGGCAGCAGCAGUGCCAACAGCAGCAGGGGCAGCAGGAGGGAUGCGAGCAGGUGUGUCUGGAGCAGCACCCGCAUUCGGAGGAAUGUUCGCAGCAGCAGGAGUGGCUACAGUGGCAAACGAAGGAGCAGCAGGAGCAGUAGGAGCAGCAGUAGUGGGAGGAGCGGGAGGAGGAGGAGCAGGGGCAGCAGAUGCGGGAGCGGCAGGAGGCAGUGUGUUUGGCAGGUUGGGAGGGGGGUUUGGGUCACCCCACUCCUCUCCUCCCCCUGCCCCUGCUGCCGGCGCGCUUGGGAAACGGCCUGGAGGGUUUGGGGCAGGAACGGGAUCUGGGCUCGGGGCAGAACCGGGAUCUGGGUUUGGGGCGGGGACUGCAGGUUUUGGGGCGGGGACUGCAGGGUUUGGGGCAGGAGCGGUAUCUGGGGUCGGGGCGGGAGCAGGAGGGUUUGGGAAAGGAACAGGAGGGUUUGGGGCAGGAACAGGAGGGUUUGGGGCAGGAACAGGAGGGUUUGGGUUGGGCACAGGAAGGUUUGGAUCGGGGACAGGAGGGUUUGGUUCGGGCACUGGAGGGUUUGGGUUGGGUGGAGGGGCGUCUGGGGUGGGAGCAGGGGGGAUUCAGGCAGCAGAGUCAGCGGGAGCAGGGGGGAUUAAGGCAGCAGCAGAGACAGCAGGGGCAGGGGUUGGUACCUCUGGCACGUCCUCCUUCGGUGGUGGUAGCAGUGCUUUUGGUGGGGUGUUUGGGGUGGUAGCAGGGAGGGCGAAGGCAGCAGCAGAGACAUCAGGGCCAAGGGUUGGUACCUCAGGCACGUCCUUUGGUGGUGGUAGCAGCAAUGUCUUUGGUGGGGGAGGCACCACUUUUGGAGGAGGUACAGGGAUGUCUGGGGGAGGGGGAUCUGGUGGUUUUGGACCACCUGCAGAAGGGGUGUUGACGGGAGGGUUUAGUGCUGGAGGGUUUAGUACCGGAGGGUUUAGUACUGGUGGUUUUGGGACAGGAAAUGGGGGAUUUGGAACGAGUGCAGGUGUGUUUGGUUCAAGUGGAUUUGCUGGUGCAUUUGGAAGCACAGCUCAAAAGUAGGUAGUUCCAGGGUCAACUUGAGAAGGUUUCUUAUCUACUACCGGUAACUUGAGCUGACUGGUAAAGUACUUGGCGCAUCUUGGAAGGUGAAGAAUUGUGUUGGAAGGAGGAAUCUGAUGAUCAACAGAUCAACAAUCUUUAGAGACAAACCAUGAGUUUAUGAAUGUUUCG